AUGUCCACAUGGUUUCUUGCAGCACUUUUGCAAGCCAAGUUUUUCCCCUCUCUAGUCCACCUUCGUCUCGAGCCCUCUGUGUUCCGUGCACAUCGGCAGGUGCUUCGAAUAUUCUACUCACCUCCACCCCCACACACACCACUGAAUUCACUGGGUCCAUCCAUCGUGAAUCCUCCACAGCCUUCAGAUAUAUCGCCUGGGAACCACAGCGACUCGCGAACCGAAGCAAAAACUUCACAAACCACGAUACGACCACAGCGGCCUGCUGCGAAGUCGGACUCCGAAACACUUGACUCACAUAUGGCAGUCGAUGUGAUGCGCCAGUUCUCCUCAGACCUCGACUUGUCGGACGCGCGUCCCCUGUGCACAGAUGAUCUUCACCUGACAUCCACAGCACCAUCGGAUACGCAUCCCUCCGAGAACAUUCAUCCCACGUCUAUCCGAAGGUCCAGUUUGAAGAGGAGGCCACCUCGUGGCCCUCUACGAUUGUCCAGACCCGGCACCACACGACAACACUUUUUGGCCUUCGUUCAACCCAAUGUGCGCCUCUUCAACACCUUGUUGAUUCCCGUUCCUCCGGGCGAUGAGUCAUUUCAAGCGCUCAACGUGGUGGCUGCUAUGAUCUUGGUGUCCGUUCGAUCCGUUGGUGAGUUUCAUCCGUUUCGAAAUCACAUGCUCAGCACGGAGAGAAGACAACUGCAAUAUUCUAAGGGAGUUGAAUGCUCCGGCUUCUUGUGCGUGUUCGCCAACGAUUGGGGUAGAACUGUCCUGUCGUUCGAAUUGGAAUUGGUUUACGUCUCCGCACGCGCAGUAGAGGCAGCGAACGCCGUACUGGUUAAACGUCGGGUGACGCUCAAACCUCGUCCAACAAUCCAGAAUUCCACUCCUGCUAGACCUGCUCAAAAAUCGGUUGACAAGGACAGCGCGCCUCCGUCCGUUGAUAGCACAGCACGCAAUCGACUCAAACUCUCGAUUGGGACCCCAUUGACAAAUGUGGCGGACUGCACACCACGAAGUUCAUGUGCGCGACAGCUUGGUAUUAAAAUGAAGCGUCUCCAUGGUGACUCUUUUAUGUACACAAGUCUUUGUCGGACCAUUUUGGAUAUCGCAGAUGUUAGGAUUAAGCAGUAACCUCACGUGUAACUAUUUUGAUCUCCAUUGCGAUUUUUCGCAUUUCAAUGACCCCCAUUGCAGUACUUCGCUCGUGAGCCGUUUUAGCCACAGAAUUGCAUUGCUUUUCUCAUUGCUAUUUUACUUCGUUUUUUGCGAAACAAUCACCCAAAAUGCUGUUGAAUGUUUGUGCGUUGGCAUUAGGGUCUUCCAUUUGUGUAAAUUGUACUCAACCCAGUUUGACUUGGGCCGAGUCUCGUAGAUCUUCGUUCUUUGAGCAUCCGUGCAGUAUUUAGCAGCG